AUGAAAGUUUCGAGAAAUGAUUUUCAGCACAAUCAAGGAACAACGUUGCUUGUGGAAGAAAUUACCGGAAAAACGGAUAUUGUAGUUGAAAACAAUCAGUUCCAGCAUAAUCGAUUUCAGAAAAAUACAGCAUUGAGUUCCGCAGUGAAACUUGGGACGAGUGGAAAUUCUAGCGAAAUUCAAAUUUGCUUGUAUGGUAAUCUCAUACACCGUAACGUUAUGGAGAUCAUUUUGCAAAUUGGCCGAACUGUUCAAAAAAACACUCCGAUCGAUGUAAAAGUUGCCGUUGUCGGGAAUUCUUUCCUGGAAAAUCUUGCUCUGGAUACCGCUUAUUUGGCAACAAAUAAUGCAAAGAUUUCCUACAACAGUUUCAACAACGCCGAGGCUCGUUGCGAACUGCGAACUGGCUUAAAAAUAUCUCAAGCGCAAAUCAAUGCAACAAAUAAUUACUGGGGUUCGAGUAAGCAUGACAAGGUGAUGGAUCGAAUCUGUGACAGCCACAAAAAUCAGUCGCUGAUUCCGGUGGAAGUGAUGCCGUUUUUAAGUGCUGCCCCUGAACAGCUGUUCACAAACGUCAAGCAGCUAGGAAAUUUGCUUUCAAAAGUGUAUGACUUUUCUGGUUUCUUAGUACGAAAAUAG